AAUCAUAUAGAGAUAGAAUGACAGAUUUUCUGUUAUCUCAUAGGGUAACUGUGUAGCCGUGAACUUUAUUUUAUUGGCACCGUCCGUGGACUAACAACUAUUAUAAACUUGCCUACAUAUAACGCUGCUGGGGUGUUUCGUGAUUUUGAUCAGCUGAAGAAGCUUCUUGGGCGUCUUUUAAUCUUGUAAAAUGGUGUUUGCAAGGCUAGAUCUCUUUUGAUAUCAUGGGUAAGAUAAAAAUGACAAGAACAAGUUUUAAUUUUCAAAAUAAGGACAGGAAGGAGCGUCCGCGGGUAACUCUUCAGGCAUUUUGUAGCUUUAUUGUGCGGCUUCCUGAAGGACUUAAUAAUAGACUGAAGAGAGAUUUGAAAAGAUUUAUUAAGAAUAAGCAGGAUGCGACAUCAGCAAUUGCCAUGCGGAAGCAUAAAGAAUCAUCUUCCGUCUUUGAAGUUAGUCUGGAGAAACAGUUACAAGCUUGGCAUGAGAAUCCAACUUGGGUUGAUCAACCACCAGUUAUAAAGGUCACCGUUCCUAAAGGUUCUUUAAGUCAUCUAAGUGUGAAAGUUAAUGUUGGGUUUCCUCCAGAUGCAGUAUACAACAUUGUCACAGACCCAGAUAAUAAAAGGGUCUUCAAAAACAUCCAGGAAGUAAUUUCACGACGAGUCUUGGUUGAUGAAGGAACAAGGCAGGUGGUUGACUUAGAGCAAGCAGCUUUGUGGAAAUUUCUUUGGUGGUCAGGAACAAUACCAGUUCACGUUUUAGUCGAUCAGAACAGGGAAGAUCAUUCGAUGAAAUUCACACAAGUGAAAACAGACUAUAUGAAAAAAUUUGAAGGUUGCUGGAAAGUGGAACCGGUACUACUUGAUGAAAAAAUGUGUCACCCGUUGAAGCCUAAAACAUUGAAGGAAUACAUGUCAUGCACUAAGGGCAAAGGAAGGAUUGCAUCACUGGUGAGCUUGGAGCAAAUCAUAGAGCCGGCGGUUAUCCCUCCCCCGCCCAUUUCAUGGUAUCUUAGAGGUAUCACCAUUAGAACCACUGAGAUGCUGAUAAAUGAUUUACUUGUCGAGACAGCCAGAAUGAGGGGAGUAUCUAGUUCCGGUAUCAUUAAAGAGCAAAUUUUACCCGAGAAAAUACCUGACAAAUGCAGUUUUGAUGAGUUACAUGACAUCAAGGAAAGAUGGGAAUUGCGAAGAAGAAGUGCUAGGCAACGCUGCAAAAGGUUGUCCUUGCCUCUGAGAUGACAAAUAUGACUUGUAUAACUUAUCUCUGUAUUCUGUCUUGCAUUUGCAUUUCAGGUGAUUGUAUAUAUGUAAUAACUCACAAGUGCAAUGUUCUAUAUGUAUCCAAGAAAUUCACAGAUUUUGUAUAAUAUUAAAAUAUGAUAUCCAUGUUAUCAAGUCCA